UAGGUGCUUAGGCACUAGGAAUAGGUUCCCGCGGAGGUGGUGGAGUCACCAUCCCUGGAAAUGUUCAGGAGGAGCUGGGCGAUGUGGGUUAGGGGUUACAGUGAGUGCUGCGUGUACAGUUGGACUGGACGAUCUCGAAGGUCGCUUCCAACCCUGACGAUUCCAUGAUUUUAACUAGACGGUCUUUAAAGCUGGCAUUUUGGCGGACACACGCAGGUAUUAGAGGCGCUGGGACAAGCGCAGCGCCUCUUUCUCUCUCAUUUCCCCUCGUGGAUGUGAGCCGCCUCCGCCCGGCCCCUCACGGCCCGCGGCUCUGCGCGCCCUCAGCGCCCUCCCGAGGCGGCAGCGCGGCCUCGGCGGCCCCGCCCGCGCCGGGCUGAACGCACCGCCCGCCGCCGCUCACAGCGCUCGGGCCCGGGCAGCGACCCGCUGCCAACGCCGCGCGAGGAAGGAAGCGAAUGUUAAAGGAACGCUGAGAGAUCGGUAACCAACGAUCAGAAAGGCGCAGCGCCGUUUGCUGUGGAACAGACCGCGCAGCCUGCAGAAGCGGGGCGGAAAAGGGCGCCAGGAGGGAAGAUCGCGAUCAGAGCGCAGCGCCUCAGCGAGCCCCGGCGGUGCCCGCGGAGCGCUGCACGAACAUCCUCCGAGGCGGAGUGCGCAGGCCCGGCUCCGGGCGCGCAUCCCGGGAAGCUCGCACUCACGGGAGGCGGGCUCGUCCCGGCCGCGUCCAGCGGGUCGCGGUGCCGGCCGCCGCGGCCGUGCGCCCGCCAUGUCGCAGAGCGGCGACAGCGGCGAGUCCUCGCCGGCCUCGCGGGGCCGCCGCUCGCGCCCGCCUAACGCCCAGGAGGAAUCGGCGGAGGCGGCGGGCGAGAGGCUCCGGCGGCUGAACAUCGGCGAGGGCGACGACAGGGAGCACAACAGGAUGAUCCGGAGCCAGUAUCGGGAGCUCAUCUCCACCGUGCAGCAAAAUCGAGAAGCCAUGCUGAAUUCCAAAAGCAACAAGCUGACAGAAGUUUUGGAAGAAGCCAAUGCACUUUUUGAUGGAGUUUGCCGUGCACGAGAGGCUGCACUGGACGCCCAGUUUCUGGUUUUAGCAUCCAAUAUAGGAAAGGAGAAGGCCAAUGAGUUACACUCAGAGAUGUCAGCAUUUGACUCAACAGCAUUUGCAGAAGACUUGCUGACCUUCAUGGGUAUAAAUCGCACUGAAGAAACUAGUGACACUGAGGAUGAGUCUGAUGACUCAGGGGGAUUUUUACCUGGAGAUGCCUGGAAGAGAAUGGGAGAAGAAGCUCUCAAAUACUUCAAAAGAGCAUCUGGUUUUUACUACAUGCUGGGAUCUUGGAAAUCUGAGACUCCUGUCCCAAAGCAACGGAUUGAGAGGCAGAAGAAAGCCAACAGUGGAAAAGCAGUACAGGCAAUGCCUGCUCAGUUAAAAAGAAUGGAGGAGUCUCAUCAAGAAGCUACAGAAAAAGAAGUAGAGAGAAUCUUGAGAAUACUGCAGACUCAUUUUGAGAAUGAUCCUGAUACACCCAUUUCCUUCUUUGAUUUUGUCAUUGAUCCGAACUCCUUUGCACGCACUGUGGAAAACAUGUUUCAUGUGUCCUUCCUUAUCAGGGAUGGUCUUGCAAGAAUAAAGCUGGAUGAAGAUGAGUUGCCAGUAAUAGAGCCUACAAAAAGCAGCGGGGCAGGGGAGGAGGACGGCAGAGGUGGCGCACGGAACCAGGUCAUCAUCAGGCUGGACCAGAGAGAGUGGCAGGAGAUCAUAGACACAUUGGAGAUCAGAGAACCCAUGAUUCCCCCUCUUUCUCAGAGCGCUGAAGAGGAAAUGGAUACAGAGUAACUAUUCAAGUGCCUUAAAGAAAAUACCUCAAAACAUUUGUUUCAACAGUUGCUUUAUAUGCCUGUGUUGUCAAAUGUUAUAUGUUGUAUAUGUUUAUAUGUAUAUGUUGUUAAAAAAAUUAAAUUUAUUUUUUCUGGAACAUC